CGCCGACGUGCGGCCCGAAGCCAUCUUUGAUGCGGCGAUGACGUCCCGACGCCGCUUUGUUACAAAUAAAAGCGCAGCGCGAAAGCGCACGACGACUUUAGUGGCUGCUCAUCAACGAGGGGAGGGGGAGACACGCUCGCCACCUCAGAAAGCGCCACGGGGGGAAAAUGCAAGCAGCCGCACCCAAAAGUCACAAGGCAACAAACGAGCAACCCAACAAGAUUCCUCCCACCUCAAGAGUCCACAAGGAGCCGCUGAAGUUGGCCCGAAACAUCCAAGCGGUGGCCCACCGUCAGACCUCCCUGCCGUCGAACCCCCCGCACAAAACCGCACUCGGGUUCCCGCAAAUCCCCGCGACUCAGCAGAAAACCACUUCGACGCCCGCGCAGCAAGUCUGCGGCCGAAUCAACAAAAGCUCUUCCAGGAACAAAAUCCUCACUUCCCAAUCACAGUGCAGGACUCCCGAAUCCGUUCUUCGGGACACCAAACGAUGCCUGACGCCAUACGAGCAGAACGAAAUCAAGGAAUACCGACACGUGUGGUACGUGGGAGAGAAGGCCAAGAAAGCGAGACGCUCCAAAGAGUCCACGCCGCCGUCGGAGGGCGAGUCCUUCGACGACGCCAAAGGAUUCUACAAAGUGAGGGCUGGAGACCACCUGGCCUACCGCUUUGAGGUGCUGGGGGUCUUGGGAUCGGGACUGGCCGGAAAGGUGCUCAAAUGCAGGGACCACAAGACCAUGACGCUCGUUGCCAUCAAGGUCUUUCGAAACACAGCUGAAGGCCAUAAGAUGGCGCAAACGGAGUUGGAAAAUCUAAAGACCCUGCAGCGGCUAGACAGGACCAACAAAGCCAACAUGGUCCACAUGAAGGAGCACUUCUACUUCCGCAACCACCUCUGCAUCACCUUUGAGUUAUUUGAAAAAGACCUCCAUAAAGCCUUAGUGGAAAGCAAAUUACGACGGCUCUGCGAAUCCGACAUCAGGAAGUACGCCAUCGAUGUGCUCAAGUGUCUGAAGGUGCUCAAAGACGUGCAACUCAUCCACGGGGACUUGAAACCGGAAAACAUUCUGCUGGACAAGGAAAACAACGCAGCAGUGAGCGACUUUGGGGGGAGCAUCUUUAUCCGAGGUCGGCCCACCAAUCAGACGCUGGCCUACAUGGCUCCGGAGCGUCUCCUCGGCAAGUGCUGCACCACAGCCUCCGACAUGUGGAGUCUCGGCUGCACGCUGGCUAAGCUGGACUGGGGCCUUUUUCUCUUCAAAGGCAAGGACAAAGGUGACAUUUUCAACUGUAUAACGAGGGUGCUGGGCCUCCCGCCAUUAGACUUACUGACGGCGGCGAGCAGGAAAAACUACUGUAUCGACGGCUCGGAGGCUGAAGACAAAAAACUACCAAAGACGCCUCUGGCCACCAGACUGAAGUCAAAAAAUCCAAAGUUUCUGGACUUUAUUCGGUGCUGUCUUGAAUACGACGCAACAAAGCGGCUCACCCCGGAAAAGGCUUUGCGACAUCCGUGGAUCAAGCAGGCGACCAAACAUACGUAUAACAGACCGACCAUAAGCAGCUUACUGAAGAGAGAGAAGAUUCCGCCGCCAAUGUUGCAACCAACACAAUACAAAUAAGCUCUCGACAUCAGCGAUAUGAGAGCAGACGCCCGCUGGACGACAGGCUUUUCCUAUUCUUGACCUCGCCUAAAUUGACAAAUGGACCUGAUAGUGCAAAAGGCUUGAAUGGCUUGACUGACGCGUGUUCGGACCACCUCGCUAGUCACCAUUUUUUUCCCCACACUUCCCAGGUGGGAUAAUAACAUGUCUGACAUUCUUUUGCCACCCCAGCAAAAUUCGCUCACAGUUUCAGAAAGAGCCGGCUGAUCAAUGAACGCGGUUGCUUAAUUUCACACUUAAUGGGCGGGCGAGCGCCCAACUGUUUGUACACAAGCAAUUAAAAAGUGUUUUGUUUUUU